UAAACCCCUGUUGUGGAGGUGGUUGAUAGCGAGGAGCGGAGGGAUGUCUAAAUUUAACCUCACCUCGUGGGUCUUAUCUGGAGGAUGCUUGAACGUUUCGCUGAAAUAGUUUCUUCGCCCUUCUAGUGACGGCUUUCUGCCGGUCCAAUCUUUUAGUGACAAUUCUUGGACUUUUUUGUUCUUCUUUUGUUCAUGUAGACAUGUGAGGGUGAGGGAGGGUGUGUGUGUGUGUGUGUGUUUUGUUCAUUAGCACUGCCGUGCUUGAUCGUAAGAAACUGACGUCCUGAUGAUCAAGUUUUUAUGUCGAAAGAAUGGAGCAAUUUGAGCAGUUGCUAACAUGUGCAAUCUGUCUGGACAGGUACAGAAACCCAAAACUACUACCAUGCCAACACUCUUUUUGCAUGGAGCCAUGCAUGGAUGGGUUGGUAGACUACGUCAGAAGGCAGGUAAAAUGCCCAGAAUGUCGUGCAGAACAUCGCAUCCCAUACCAAGGAGUUCAGGGCUACCCCACAAACGUGACCCUCCAGAGAUUUCUAGAACUCCACAUAGAGAUCACAGGAGAGCUGCCGGACCCCACAAGCGGACAGACAAUGAAACGAUGUGGGGUUUGCUCAGAGAAAGCAUACGUUACAAUAUGCGUGCACUGUGAUAAAGAAAUAUGCACCGACUGCAAAGGCGCUCACAUGGACAUAUUAAGGAGAGAAAUAUCACGAAUCAAUAAUCAGGUUAGAAGAGCGAUGCAUCGAUUACAAGACAUUCUAGCUGUCGUAGAAAAAAACAUGCUUGCGCUACAAUUAAACUGUACCUCGGUGUCAGAGGAAGUAGAUGAGAUAUACAAACGACUGGCAAAGGCACUCAAGGAUCGCACUGAGUACCUACGUGGGGAGAUUGAUCGGUAUCUGACGACGGAGCUGAAGAAUCUUUCUACGCUAAAAGAAAACCUGCAACAAGAGAUUUCCAACAUCCAGGCGAACUGCGACCUGGCCAACAAGGAGAUGCAGUCGGAAGAAGUUGAGUGGGAUGACUGCGAGCUCAUGGAUGCUAAAGAAAUUUUCCUGAAGACGAUUGACUUCAUUCGGAAUUUUGAGGCGGAGACUGGCGACUAUAACCGCCGAGUACGCUUCGCCAUGGCUCACGACCCCAACCAACUGGUUCUCCACGUUGCCGGCUACGGCGAGCUCACCAUCCACAUGCCUCAUCAACCGCUGGUAGGGUUCAACACCAGCUCUCCUGCGGUCGGUAGUAACAUGCUCCAGCCUCCCGGGCCAGGGCUUAUGCGAUCCAAGAGCGACCACCGACUCGCAUCCCAGUUCAGAGCUCAGGAGGACCGCGGCGGCUACGAUAAUGUCGAUCAGAGUGGAAGGGUCUCGCCGCUUGGAGGACGCAAGUUUGGAGAAAGGUACACCCCUCGGUCAGGAGGUGACCGUUAUGACAACCGGUACCGCGGCGUGGGGUCCGGAGAGUACGGAGACUAUACGGAUAGCACGUACGGAGACGGCGAUAACAAUCGGCUGACAACGCGAUCACGACUCCGUUCGAGGUUCGGACGGCACACUGGUGGCGAUGACUCGGACAAUGACGGUCAGUCUGGGAGAACGGUUCGCUUUUUGGAAACUCACGUCCCGCUUCAAAGCCAGCGGGAACGUGAAAGAGUUCUCGAUACAGAGGACGUCUCCAAGGGCCCCCUGAGUGGCAUUACCCGCCUCUACGAUUCACCUAGAGUCAUGAAACGCAUCCAGGAUUCCAAAACCAAAGACAAACGGAAACCCUCCGAAACGCCCGCUAAAACCGAGGUUCAAAGUCAACGAAAAGCAGCUGGUGCGAUGGCGGCUCCGGUGCGUCAAGUAAGUGAGGAAGAUGAAAUAUCAAGAAUCAAACGGCAAAACAAAGCGUCUAGUAGCAGCGAGACGACGACAGAGACGAUGGCCCCUGCCCGAACCAUGGUAUCGGAGAGGGUGGCGUCCCUAAAACGAGAAGAAAGCAAGGAGCCCACCAGCCACUCAACACUGCAGCCGAGGAAAACAUCUGCCUCUGUAACUGCUGAUUCUUCCGAAGAUGAAUCCGACGAUGAGUCAGGAAGCUCGCCACAGCAGUGCAAAACACCAGUACCCACUGUAACGAAAGCUACAUCAAGAAGAUCAUCAGCUUCCUCCGAUGCAACAACUACCUCGCAAUCAGGUGGAGUGAUGAAGAAAGGAGGGCGAUCCGCGAGCGCGGAUUCAUCAACGUCAUCCGAGUCAUCAACGGGCUCUCACUCGGCUCUGAAGAAUACUGGCGCCGUCUUUACGACAGAAGAACGUAAACAACAGUUCCUGGCCAGAAGCCGAAAGGAGCAAGAACGAGACCGAGAAUGCUCCCGGAAGACUUUAGCUGACACCUCCGACUCAACGGACAUUGCGGCGUCCGUGCCGGGGCCUACCCACAUGCCACGACUCAGAGCUUCCUCCCAAAAAGACUCCGUGCCAACCACGCCUACCUUAACCCAGAAAUGGUUCCAAAAUCGUUUAAUAGGAGGAACACGGGAGUCUGGCCCCACUACUACCAGUCUGAGAACGAAACCGAAGGAACCAGAUGAAGAGGAAGGUGAGGAAGAAGAAGAGAGUGAAACAAGCUCUGAGUCUGAGGAAACUUCUGACUCAUCAAAAUCGGAAGAUGAGACCGAGCCGAUAGCAUCGGCCAAAACUGAAAAAGUGGCUCCUAUGGAAAAGACUGACAUCGGCCCUCUCUUAGCACGAAGUGCAAAUGCCAGGGAUACCACUAUGUCUCGGAAGUCAAGCAGGGAUGAAGGUUACAAAAGCUCUCGGUACGGGACGAAUGACUCGAGCUACCGUUCUCCCUACCAAUCAUCAAAGGACUCUGAGACAGCAUCGACUGGGAGUAAGUACACAGGGAAUCGGAAUAAGUUCGAAGAUUCCGACUCGGUCGGCAAUAGGUACGGUGCAGGUAGCGGGAACGUGGGCACUGCGGGAUCCUCGGGCUUUACCAGCCGGUUCUUAAGUAAGAGUAAAAGCUCCGCUGUAGUUUCUCCCGAGGAGGAGGAGGCGCGAGGGGCGAAUAUGAUAGGCGCGGGCGCAAGCGAGGAAAGCCGCUUUCCGCUGGGACGGACCCGCUUUGCUGCCUUUAAGGAUCGCAAAGCUCGAUUAGCUCGGAGCAAGAGCACACACACCUUCGGCGUUGACGAAUUCGACGAUUUUGAUGACGCCAGCUACUCCCCGUCGGUGUAUCUCGCCUCCAAGAACGCCGCCUUAACCCCCGGCCACGAACUCUCCCGCAGCAGAUCUAGCCACGCUUUGAAAUCACGAGAAAGCUCGCCCGAGAGAUCCGCAACGGCGACUCAAAAUAUUCAAGGAGGCGAGAAAGAUGGAGCAGCUUUGAGUUCAUGGGCUAGGUAUUUGAAGAACAAGUACGGUAACCGCGACCGGGGGAAGGAAAGCAAAGAGGGGGCCGCGGGGGCCUCUGGGACCUCGGGCGGCGCCAGCGGAAGCGUGGGAGGAGUCGCAGGGUCGUCCGUCUCUCGCCGCCUGUCGGUGGGGCUCCCGCUUCGCCACAAUUCCACGAGCAUUGAGAGUUCUGAUGACGAUCAAAAAAACACGCAAGGCUCCCCCCAUUCCCCUACUUCAACUAUAGCAGCUACGGCGGCUACGCCUCAACAAGCAGGUUUCACAACCGUCGGUUCUACCCCUAAGAGCCAGUAUAUGCAGAAAAGGCGCCAGUUGUUUAAAAUUGGGAGUCGGGGGAGCGAGCCCGGUUAUUUUACCUGGCCGCGAGGCAUUGCGGUUGGACCUGACAACUCCAUCGUAGUGGCUGAUUCGUCCAAUCACCGCGUCCAGGUGUUCGAUUCCAAUGGAAUCUUCUUGAAAGAGUUUGGUAGCUAUGGAAACGCAGAGGGAGAAUUUGAUUGUUUGGCAGGAAUUGCCGUCAACAGAAUAGGCCAAUACAUCAUUGCGGACAGAUACAAUCAUAGAGUUCAGGUAUUAGAUCCCUCCGGUCGAUUUUUGCGAGCUUUUGGCAGUCAAGGAACUACUGAUGGCAAAUUCAACUACCCAUGGGGUGUAACAACAGACGCGCUAGGCUUUAUUUAUGUUUGUGAUAAAGAAAACCAUCGUAUCCAGGUUUUUCAAUCAGACGGGACUUUUGUCGGAAAAUUUGGAUCAAAUGGAAGCAAAUUAGGUCAACUGGAACAUCCACAUUAUAUCGCUAUCUCGAACACAAAUCGUGUCAUUGUCAGCGAUUCCAACAACCACCGAGUCCAAGUCUUUGAUGUGAAUGGUAGAGUCUUGUCCUCCUUCGGAACUGAGGGCUCCGAACAGGGACAGUUCAAGUUCCCGAGAGGAGUGGCAGUGGACGACCAGGGAUUCAUCUCUGUAGGCGAUUCGGGGAACAACCGGAUCCAGAUAUUCAAUCCAGACGGGAGUUUCCUGAAGGCGUUCGGUUGCUGGGGCUCCGGGGACGGGGAAUUCAAGGGUCUCGAAGGAGUAGCUGUCAUGUCCAAUGGCAACAUUCUCGUCUGCGACCGGGAAAAUCACCGCAUCCAAGUAUUCUAACACCGUCCUCAUCCGAAACAAACGAAGAGAGCAUAGAAUGCAUGAUAAACGACAUCAAAACCAGGAUGAUUAAAAUGGAAGGAGCCGUAUUUCGUGACAAUCUCACUAACACCCAUAAACUUACAAACACAUUGAGUCCCUCGGAGUUUUACACUUACGGCCGAGAGUUUGCUUCGUGAUCCAGUGUCAACGCAAUAUGCCCAUAACGCAUGGUGCGGUGUACGCCUGAGAGCAUUCAUUUCAUUGUAAAUACAUACGUCUUCAAUUGUGUUAGGAUUGAGAAGAUUUGAUAAACAAUCGAAGGUUGCUGCCCUCUAUGAAUGACAUUGUUCAGCGUCUCUAAAUCGAUGGGUACCUAGCAUUAGGAACGUGUGAAAAGUAAAACUGUUGUUAUUUAAUGAUAAGAUAUCAUUGCAUUAUUAAAAUAUUUUCUCUUAAAU